AUGGGUGGCGAUCGCUAUGCUGAAAUCAAAGCAUUGGAAAUGGAACGAAAAAUGUAUUUUUCUACCUUAUUUAUCAUCAGCAUGACGCUGUUGGCUCUGGGAAUUGUGGCAAACGUUAUUGUUUGUUUUGGUCUGUACAGAUGUAGGAAUAGCAGAUCUCCUACAAAGUUGUCUCAAUUCUUCAUCGUUCAGUUGGCCAUAACAGAUCUGGUGUACAGAGCUGUGAGUGUCAUUCGGGAAAAAGAGGACAAGAAGCAGGAUCUGAGUUCAAAGCACUGCAAAAUCGCCAUAUUUUCCCAAUUUUCAUGCGCUGCAGUGUUGUUUGUUCUCUUAACGGCAAUCGCUUUGGAUCGCUACGUUCAUAUUCUCUAUCCUCUUCAAAGUUUGACGAUGAACACCAGAAAAUAUCUCACAAUAUUUUCCAUCUGGCUGUAUGCUUUCUUGAUUUCUUCCGGUUUCAUCGCAAGUGCCACCCCAGCUUCUAAAAUCUUCAAAUUUCCUCGACCAACUAUUCCAUAUUCUUCACGAAAUUUAACGACAAAUAACUCGAAAAGUUUUGAAUACAAACCUCUUCACACGCACUGCGUCCCUGGAGUAUCGGGUUCAAGGGAGCGAAAAGUUGCCUUCACGAUGUACUUCGUGUUCGCUUUUUUAUUUCAGCUGUUCUUAAUUGUACUUUUCUACACCAAGAUAACCAUAUUCUUAUGGAAAAGAACGAAAAAGAACAACACUGUGAACAGAAGUGCUGCGAAAGCAAAGCUACGAGCUAUUCAAAUGUUUAUCCUUGUGGUAUUUAGUUUUCUUAUUAGCUGGGGACCAAUAAUGAUUCUGGAUAUGUAUGCCUCAUAUUCCAUCAAAAGGUUGGGAGUAUUUCAUAAGUUUCCUUUGAGACCACUAUUUGAUUGUGUUUCACAAACAAGUUCCAUACUCAAUCCGUUCAUAUAUGCGUUUGGCGACGCAAAUUUUAAGAGGGGCCUCCAUCUUUGCUUUCGUAGAAGGCAAGGUGGCGGGCAAAUUACUCGAGUUUUGCCUGCCACAGUGAAAGAAUCUUACGUUGAAAUGAGUAACCAGUUAAGUCCAAGCAUAAGAGUUCAGUAG